AAGUAGCUGGCCAUCAACAUUUACUAACAUAUUCUAUUGAAAAUAACUUUGCUUUGGAUUAAAAAUAUGUAAACUAAGUAAUUAAAUUGUUAUUCAAAUUGUUUUUACUUCACAUAUCGCAUACGUGAAAGAUAUGGCGAGCAUAAUAUUAAUAGCAUGCCUUGCUAUAUUGGGACUAAUCAUUGCAAUAGCUUUGUUUCUCGCGGGUGGGUAUUUGUGGUGGAGACACAAAAGAUCGCAGUUGCAGUUUAUUGAGCCCAACGAAGACGAAGAGUCUAGUAGUUACAGUCUAAGAGCGGCUCAGGACAUUGAUUCCGGAAAUCCGCCUAGUAAACCACCAGUGCCGGUUGCACCAGCGAUUACAACUCCUCUUCAAAAUAACAUCAAUCGAAAAUUGAAUGGAUUCUUAAGCCUUAGGACUCCUCUAAUUGGUGGCUCGGCACCUACGCAAACCAAAGCACAAAAUGCUUCUACCGGGGGAAAUACAAAUGAUGGUACCUCAAAAGAUUCGGCGAAUAAAAGUAUUUCCAUGACAGACAUGUACCUGGACAGCACGGAUUCCAGUGAAAAUGUCGGGCAAAUACAUUUCUCUUUGGAAUAUGAUUUUCAAAAUACAACAUUAAUUUUAAAAGUUCUUCAAGGAAAAGAACUGCCAGCUAAAGAUUUAAGUGGGACUUCGGACCCUUAUGUUCGUGUAACCUUGCUUCCAGACAAGAAACACCGAUUGGAAACAAAAAUAAAACGUAGAACAUUAAAUCCGCGAUGGAACGAAACAUUUUAUUUUGAGGGAUUUCCGAUACAAAAACUUCAGUCACGUGUAUUACACUUACAUGUUUUUGAUUACGACCGGUUCUCACGGGAUGACUCUAUAGGAGAAGUAUUUCUUCCUUUAUGUCAGGUUGAUUUUGCCGGUAAGCAGUCAUUUUGGAAGGCAUUAAAACCACCAGCAAAGGAUAAAUGUGGGGAACUUCUGUCAUCGCUUUGCUAUCACCCCUCAAACUCUAUUUUGACGUUGACAUUAAUCAAAGCGAGGAACCUAAAAGCUAAGGAUAUAAACGGAAAAUCAGAUCCCUAUGUUAAAGUUUGGCUACAGUUUGGAGACAAGCGAGUGGAGAAAAGAAAAACACCUAUAUUUACAUGUACAUUAAAUCCAGUGUUUAAUGAAUCAUUCAGUUUCAACGUUCCAUGGGAAAAAAUAAGAGAAUGCUCUUUGGAUGUUAUGGUGAUGGAUUUUGAUAACAUUGGCCGGAAUGAGUUAAUAGGACGAAUCCUAUUAGCCGGAAAGAAUGGUUCUGGGGCGUCGGAAACUAAACAUUGGCAGGACAUGAUCUCAAAGCCCAGACAAACAGUAGUACAAUGGCAUCGCUUAAAACCUGAAUAAAUUUAAGAUUUAACAAUCAAUUUCAGCAUAUGAUAACAACAGUGUAUGUAUUUAUAUAUAUGUAUGUACCACUAUCAUUCCAUAUGCAAAAACACACACAAUUAGCAGUAUUUAAUACAGUCUGCAGAAAACAUAAGUAUAAUCGCAUUGCGCAUUGGUUGGAUAUUUGAAAUUUAAUACCGAGCGGGAUACUACAGAAAAUUUAUCUAACUUCACUAAUUGCUCUAAGGUUUCAAAGCCUCAAAAACCUCUAUGAGCAAUACUCAGUUUUAUAAUUACUUGUCUAACUUUAUAUAUGUAUGUACACGGGUUAUAGUAUUUGUAUUUGUGCAUGCAUGUACUUAUAAAUACCCUUCUGGGUUCUGAUUAUUGUUUACAGUAUAUCAAGGUUCGUUGAAUUGUCUUUAAAUUAAUAUUCAUUUUCAAUUGCAU